UUGACACAAGCUUUUAUUUUUUAAAUCCUUGAACCAAAGAACUCUAUAAUAUUUAUUUGAUUUGACAAUUGACAUAAAUGGUCACUCAAAUUAAAAAACGGACCAAUCUCAAUUUUUUGUUAAGAUUGUUGAAUCAAUUUCUUAUUCACAACGGAUUUUGUUUUUAAAGAAAGGGGAUUUGUCUGGUGGCGGGAUUGGAUCUCUCUCUCUCUCUCAUAGCCACUGCUAACGGCACGUUAUCUUCAGAAUUUGGAGAAAUGAAAAGACUUCACUCUCUCUUUCACACCAUAAGUUCCUGAAUAGUAAUGUUCAUCCACCAAAAGAUUCUCAAUUCUCAUGUUACGUUGAUGCUUUCUUCAAUGCACUCCAAUGUUGAAAGCAGCCUCAAGUAUUCAUUCACCAUGCAGCAGCAGCCAAUAACCUCCUGCGCCUACUCCAAUUUCAGAUGCAGAGCCAAGAAAUCAGCUGGUAGUGGUAACAAUGGCGCUGGAAACGGUGUCGACCAGAGGCCCAGACGCGGCGAGACGCUUCAUCUUGACAAAAGCGGGAGAUGGCGAAGCUUCACAGCCAAAAAGAUGUCCCGGAAAAGAUGUGGUUCUUUGAGGGGAUCGGGAUGGAAGUACGGAUCCGGAUUCGUGGACGGAAUCUUCCCAGUGAUGACUCCAAGUGGUCAGCAGAUUCUUGAACUGGUGCAGGGCGAAGAAGGAGUGGACGAAAACACCAUCUGGACAAUUCUUCAUAAUCUGCGUGCCUCUCACGACACAUUCGACGACCUCGUCAAUGUGCUCGUCCAGCUUCGUCUCAACCAAAAAUGGGAUCCAAUUGUCAUGAUAUGCCAAUGGAUGUUGUACAGGAGCUCAUUCAAGCCGGAUGUGAUCUGCUACAACUUGCUCAUUGAAGCGUAUGGGCGGCAAUCACAACACAAUAAGGCCGAAUCCGUCUACUUUGAGCUUCUUCGUGCCAAAUGCGUGCCUACCCAACAUACUUACGCACUUCUUAUCAAGGCAUACUGCACUGCUCGCCUAACGGAGCAAGCUGAAGCGGUUGUUUCUGAGAUGAACAAGUAUGGCCUUCCACCCAGUGCAAUCGUCUACAACGCUUACAUCGAUGGACUAGUGAAGGCAGGAAACCCGUACAAAGCAGUGGAGAUCUUUCAAAGAAUGAAGAGAGACAACUGCCAACCUUCCGCUGAGACCUACACUUUGUUGAUCAACUUAUAUGGCAAGGCUAGGCGUGCUUACAUGGCAUUGAAGUUGUUCAACGAAAUGAGAAGCCAGAGCUGCAAACCAAACAUCUGCACAUUCACCGCUCUCAUCAAUGCUUUUGCAAGGGAAGGGCAAUGCGACAAGGCAGAGGAGAUAUUCGAGCAGCUUCAAGCAGAUGGCUUCGAACCCGACGUUUACGUCUACAAUGCCCUCAUGGAGGCUUACAGCCGCGCAGGUUUCCCUUAUGGCGCAGCAGAGAUAUUCUCAGUGAUGCAGCACAUGGGUUGUGAACCAGAUAGAGCUUCAUUUAACAUCAUGGUUGAUGCGUAUGGCAGAUCCGGGCUUCAUUCCGAAGCAGAAGCUGUGUUUGAAGACAUGAAGCAACUCGAGAUGACACCAACAAUGAAGUCCCACAUGCUGCUUCUAUCCGCCUAUUCGAGAGCCGGGAAUGUGGACAAAUGCGAGGAGAUCGUGAACCAGAUGCAAGAAUCUGGGAUAGAACCAGACACAUUUGUGCUGAACAGCAUGAUCAACCUCUAUGGAAAGCAAGGCCUGUUCCACAAGAUGGAACAAACUCUAAAAGCAAUGGAUCACAAGGGAGCUUACGCAGUACCCGACAUUAGCACCUACAACAUCCUCAUCAACGUAUACGGCAGGGCAGGGUUGCUGGAAAGGAUGGAAGGUGUGUUCGGUUCUCUCCCCGAGCUGGGAUUGAAACCAGAUGUUGUUACUUGGACCUCCAGGCUAGGAGCUUACUCGAGGAAGAAGAUGUACACAAAGUGCUUGGAGAUAUUUGAGGAGAUGAUUGAUGCUGGAUGUUGCCCCGAUGGUGGGACUGCUAAAGUUCUCAUGGCUGCUUGCUGUAGUGAGGAUCAAGUUGAGCAACUUACCACUGUGAUUAGGACUAUGCACAAGAGUAUCUCUACUACUACGCCUCUCUGAGAUUGGGAGUCAUUAACUCAUGGUUUGGUGGUGGUGAAGUUCCAGGUGGGAUCUCAGUCUCUCAUUGCCUAAUUUCAUGCUUGUAAAUAGAGAGGUUGGUCACACGAAAGAGGGCAGGGGAGAAGUCUUCUAUACGUAUAUAUUAUCCAUAGUUAGUAAAAUACGACGACACGUUUAAAAGUUAGCAAUCCAUUAUAAAAUUAUAAAAAUGUAGAACUAUAAUAUAAAAUUUAAUAUAGAUAUAAAAAUUAU